UUUUUACACAAAUCAAAUUAUAAGAUUUUAUAACCAGUUUAUAAAAACUCUUGGCAUAAUAAUUUAAGAUUUCUCUAAUGUGCAUUUUAGAAAAUAAGAUAACCGGAGGUGACACCUGAUAUAACCUCACAAAAAUGACAAGAAACUUACCACAAAACCACUUAUUUAAAUUCAUUUUGCUUAUUGUAUUCGUCUAUUGCAAUUACGGUGAAGAUUAUUGUCACGUUAAUUCACAAUGUGGCCAAAAUUCUAAUUCGAAAGACAGGUAUUUAUUGUACGACGUAAACCCGCCUGAAGGUUUCAACUUGCGUCGGGAUGUCUAUAUGCGCUUUGCAAUUCUAGCACACAAAUUGCAACAAUCAAAAAAAGAGGAACUGAAAAACGUAAAAUUGGUUUUACCCCCUUGGUCGCAUUUAUUUCAUUGGAAAUACAACGCGGAACCUGAACAGAUACCUUGGGGGCUGUUUUUUAAUGUAGAUAGUUUAAAAAGAUUUGCACCAGUAAUAGAAAUGUAUGAAUUUUUUGAUGCCAUAAAUAGGACUUAUAGUGUUCAAAUUGACGAGGUUUAUGUUUUGCAACAUUUUAAACAUAUGUUUGAGACUGGAAAUUUUGAAGACAAGAUGAAAGUUGAAAAGUGUGCUCAAAACUACCAAAUAAAUUAUUUCUUUUAUAAAAAUAUUACUUCAAACAAUGUUAAAUGUUUGUCUUAUCAUGGACCUGCGACAAAGUUAUCACAAUUAUUACUCAAAUCUUCCGCCAAAACAAUUUUGUUGCAUCAUGCUGAGGUUGCGCUACAUGACAUGUUUGGGGACCGAAUUUACUGGAAGUGUCGAAGAAGUAUGAGAUUUAAUCGAGAAUUACAAAAAAUUGCACUCGAUUUCCGAAAAAAAUUCUUAAACUCGAGUGAUGAAUUGGAUGAGACUUUAUUGCCAGAGAAUUGGGAGGAUGAAACACCUAAAAGAAACGCAAAAGGGGGUCCAUACUUAGGAGUUCACUUACGAAGGAGAGAUUUUUUGCGCGGAAGGGCGCACCAGGUUCCUUCUAUCAAUAGCAUAACUGAUCAAAUUACUACUUUACUUAAAAAGUUGAAUUUAUUGCAAGUUUUUAUCGCUACGGAUGCUGACGAGGACGAAUAUCGAGAAAUUGUAAAAAACAUUCCUUACAAAACACUGAGAUUUACACCAAACAGCAAAACGAAGAAAAGAAUAAAAGAUGGAGACGUGGCCAUAAUUGAUCAAAUUAUUUGUUCUCAUGCCAGAUAUUUCAUUGGGACUUAUGAAAGUACAUUUUCAUUUCGUAUUCAAGAGGAGCGGGAAAUUUUGGGAUUUCCCACAGACACAACUUUUAAUUGUUUUUGCAAAGAAAAUACGGAGUGUCCGCAACCUUCAGUUUGGAAAAUUGUAUAUUAACAAAGGCUGUAAUUUCUUUUUUAAUAAAGUAUGAUAGAGAACAUCCACAAAAGUCAAAACUUUUUACUUUAAAUUUCGCCCACAUUUGUUGAUGGAGGGGAUCCAAUGAAAUUGUAAUUAUUUUCCAAUUUUUGUCAAAUUUUUGUAUGCGAU